CCCCCGCGCCGUUUCCGCCGAUAACGGUCGCCCCGGGUGGCACAGGCGCAGUGCCCUGCAUCCCCACAGCCCCGGGAGAAGAUGGUGGCCGCGCGCCCGGGGGGCAGGCGGUGGUGGCGGGGCGGCCGCGGGAGGCAGUGAGGAGCCGCGGGAGGCAGGUUGAUGUCUUCUGCUGCAGUGGAAAAAAAAUCAUCCGCGCUAACGAUGCUACCACCAUCCUUUGUCCACAGUGCAUGCCCUCCAGUCCUUGCAAAGUUGUGUAAUUCUUUGCAUUUCUUGCAUCUUUUGCCAUAUGAUGGGCGUUGUCCUCACUGUCAGAGUAUGUGCAGCUCUUUGUGUUUUGCUUUCUGGAUUCUGGCUUGAAGCUCAGCAUGUCUUUUUGCCACUGGUCUCAAUGGUAUUUUUGGAUUCUCAAUUAUGCCUAUAAUGUUGGAAUACUGUCUAUUCCCCUUAUUCUUAACUUUGGCUUGGCAAAUUCUUAUGUUCUUGUCUACUAUUGAUCUGAGUCUGCCAGCAGUCUUUCGCCCUCUCUGAGAAUUUUAUGCUGGGUUCCAGUCAUAAUCUGCUCCCUUGUCAGGGACUGUUUAGUGCCUCAGCUGCAUUUAUGCUGAUAAGAUCAGUCGCACAUGCUUAGUUUCACUUUUAUAUGUUCUGCUUAAAAACAUCUCGUGUUUAAUUUUUAUAUGGAGUUUAUUAACUGCAUCUUUCUGUUGCAGUCCAAGUUCAGACUCUGCUGCCUGAGUUGACUAUAAAUUGUUAAAGCUAGUUAAUCAGAAUGCGGCGAUGGUGGUGUUGUUGUCAGAUAAGGCACCUUAUAGUUGUCUGUCUUUUCACUGGCACCAUUGCUUAUGGAUACAGACAAGUGCCUUGUGAAGUCCUUCCAUAUGCCCAUGGUGUUUCAGCUGUGGGACUUCUACUGGUGUUUUAAUCUCUUGCUCCUUGUUCCAUGUGAGUUUGAAUAAUGGGCUGAAGAUGCUUGGGGGCUGGGGGGCCGGGUCUUUGUUCCUGUUAGGAUGUCAUUUCAAUUGCUGUUGCUUUAAGUAUGUACUGUCUCUUCCCUGACUUGUUUAGGAAGCUAACCCACUUAAGUACAAUUCCCAGUGCUAGAGUUGCAGUGGAAACAAACCCUCUAGUAUCCCAUGGUUAAACUUCACAGACAACAGUGCUUACCUGUAUUAAGCAAAGGUGAUCCUGUGAAUUAAUGUAGUAUCAAUUAUGGCUGAGCACCCGCCGUUACUGGAUACCACUCAGAUUAUAAAUAGUGAAAUUCCUCUUCUACCUGCUUCUAUUGUUAGUGGGGAUGGAGCACAACAGGUUAUUCUGGUGCAAGUUAAUCCAGGGGAAGCAUUUACAAUAAGAAGAGAAGAUGGACAGUUUCAGUGCAUUACAGGUCCUGCUCAGGUUCCAAUGAUGUCCCCAAAUGGUUCAGUGCCUCCUAUUUAUGUGCCUCCUGGCUACGCCCCACAGGUUAUUGAAGACAAUGGGGUUCGAAGGGUUGUGGUAGUUCCCCAGGCUCCUGAAUUUCACCCUGGCAGUCAUGCUGUGAUACAUAGGCCUCCACAUUCUCCCCUGCCUGGCUUCAUUCCUCUUCCAACCAUGAUGCCCCCACCGCCGCGUCAUAUAUACUCACCCGUGACUGGAGCAGGUGACAUGGCAACACAAUAUAUACCACAGUAUCACACUUCACAAGUAUAUGGAGAUCUGGAUACCCUCCCUACCCAUGGAAGAUCCAACUUUAGAGAUGAAAGGUCUAGUAAAACUUAUGAACGUUUACAGAAAAAAUUAAAAGAUCGUCAUGGAACACAGAAGGAUAAAUUGAACAGUCCUCCAUCAUCGCCUCAAAAAUGUCCUUCUCCCGCAAAUGAACAUAAUGGACUUGUGAAAGGACAAAAUCCAAGUGGUGUUAGCACAGGACCUACAAAGAGCAAGUCUUUGGAGAAAGGAAAAGACAGUUCUCAAAUGGAUGCAGAAGUAGAAGAAAAGAAUGAAGAAACAAAAGCACUUGAAGCACUUCUUUCUAGUAUAACCAAGCCAAUGGUAUCAGAUAUUCAGGCAAGAACAGUAAUACUUACAUGGUCCCUUCCAUCCAGUGCUAUCAAUGGGGAUGCUGACAAAAAUAGUAUGCCAGAGGUGUAUACUUAUGAAGUUCUGAUUUCAAACACCGGAAAAGAUGGAAAAUACAAAACUAUGUAUACUGGAGAAAAAAAUAAUGUAACUAUCAAUGAUCUCAGGCCAGCAACUGAUUAUCAUGCAAGGGUUCAAGCAGAAAGCAACUGCAUAAAGGGAAAUCCUUCUGAAGCAGAGAGUUUUACCACAAUGAGCUGUGAACCUGAUAUUCCAAAUCCUCCAAGGAUAACUAAUCGGACCAAAAAUUCUCUUACUCUUCAGUGGAAGGCAUCUUGUGACAAUGGUUCUAAAAUCCACAGUUACCUUCUGGAAUGGGAUGAGGGAAAAGGAAAUGGAGAGUUUUGUCAGUGUUACUAUGGCCAGCAGAAGCAGUAUAGGAUUACAAAAUUAUCACCUGCAAUGGGGUACACCUUUAGACUAGCAGCCAAAAAUGACAUGGGCAUGAGUGGUUUUAGUGAAGAAGUCCUGUAUCAUACCUCGGGCACUGCCCCAUCCAUGCCAGCAAGUCCUAUGCUCAUUAAAGCUGGAGUUACUUGGUUGUGCUUACAGUGGACUAAACCCUCAGGAACACCAUCAGAUGAAGGAAUAUCAUAUAUUUUGGAGAUGGAGGAUGAGACCUCAGGAUAUGGUUUCAAGCCAAAAUACGAUGGUGAUGAUCUCACCUGCACAGUGAAGAAUUUGAGGCGCAGUACAAAGUAUAAAUUUAGGGUCAUUGCCUAUAAUUCUGAAGGCAAGAGCAAUCCCAGUGAAGUAGUAGACUUUACCACUUGCCCAGACAAGCCUGGAAUACCUUCAAAACCAUCAGUUAAAGGAAAAAUCCAUGCACAAAGUUUUAAAAUAAAUUGGGAUCCACCAAAAGACAGUGGAGGGGCAGCAAUAACUAAAUAUGUUGUGGAAAUGUCUGAAGGCUUAAAUGGAAACAAAUGGGACAUAAUAUAUAGUGGAGCUACAAGGGAACAUUUGUGUGAUCGACUAAACCCAGGCUGCUCGUACCGCUUACAUGUAUACUGUAUUGGGGAAGGAGGACAGAGUGCGGCUUCUGAUUCUUUAUUUGUACAGACACCAGCAGUUGCUCCUGGUACAUGCCAGCCUCCCAGAUUACAGGGCAGACCAAAAGCAAGGGAAAUUCAGCUGCGAUGGGGACCACCUCAGAUAGAUGGCGGAUCACCUGUUACCUGUUACGGUCUGGAAAUGUCUCCAGUAGAAACAGAUGAACAUAGAGAGGUUUACCAGGGCUCUGAUGUCGAAUGCACCAUUAGCAGCCUUCUUCCUGGGAAGACCUACAGCUUUAAAUUGCGAGCAGCUAACAAAGCUGGGUUCGGACCUUUUUCAGAAAAAUGUGAAAUUACUACAGCCCCUGGGCCACCAGAUCCAUGCAAACCCCCUCAAGUUACAUGCAGAUCUGCAACAUGUGCACAUAUGUCUUGGGAGGUCCCAUCUAGUAAUGGAGCUGAUGUCACAGAAUAUCGGUUGGAGUGGGGUGGUGUUGAAGGAUGCAUGCAGAUCUGUUACUGUGGGCCUGGACUGAGUUAUGAAAUGAAAGGACUUUUUCCUGCUACUAUAUACUACUGCCGGGUUCAGGCUAUGAAUGUUGCAGGCGCAGGCGCUUUCAGUGAAGUAGUUGCAUGUAUGACUCCAGCCUCUGUACCUGCAAUUGUGACUUGUCUUCGGGGACUAAAUGAAGAUGAAGUGGAGAAUCUGCAUUAUUCACCUUCCACAUGCCUUGCUCUCAGCUGGGAAAAGCCCUGUGACCAUGGUUCUGAAAUCCUUGGCUACAGCAUAGACUUUGGAGAUAAGCAACCAAUAACUGUUGGGAAGGUUUUGAGCUAUUUUAUAGAUAAUUUGCAGCCAGAUACAACUUACAGAAUACGAAUUCAAGCACUAAAUAGUCUUGGAGCAGGUCCUUUCAGCCACACAAUAAAACUGAAAACAAAGCCACUUCCUCCUCAUCCACCUCGCCUGGAAUGUGUUGCGUUCAGUUCUCAGACUCUCAGACUGAAAUGGGGAGAGGGAACUGCAAAAGCAUUGACUGACCCCGUUCAGUACCACCUUCAGAUGGAGGAUAAGAAUGGAAGGUUUGUAUCCUUAUACAGAGGACCAUGUCAUACCUACAAAGUACAAAGACUCAGUGAGUCAACAUCCUACAGAUUCUGUAUUCAGGCUUGUAACGAGGCUGGUGAAGGUCCUCUUUCUCAAGAAUAUAUCUUCACUACUCCCAAAUCUGUUCCAGCUGCCUUGAAAGCACCAAGAAUAGAGAGAGUAAAUGAUCACACAUGUGAAAUUACAUGGGAGAUUUUGCAACCAAUGAAGGGAGAUCCAGUCAUUUACAGUCUUCAGGUUAUGGUGGGGAAAGAAUCAGAAUUCAAACAGAUUUAUAAAGGUCCUGACUGGUCUUUCCGGUAUUCAGGGCUCCAGUUGAACUGCGAAUACCGCUUUCGUGUGUGUGCCAUUCGACAGUGCCAAGAGACAGCAGGUCACCAGGACCUGAUAGGCCCCUACAGUGCCACAGUACUAUUCAUCUCUCAGAGGACUGAACCACCAACCAGCACCAACAAAGACACUGUGGAAAUCACAAGGACACAACGGACUUUAAGUGAUGAACAGUGUGCUGCUGUCAUCCUUCUGCUCUUUGCUGUCUUUUCCAUUCUGAUUGCCUUUAUCAUUCAGUACUUUGUAAUAAAGUGAGGAAACAAUUUUAUUUUAGAACGCUAUCCAUUACAUUUUACUUUCUCAUAUCUAAAAAUAUUUCUGUUCUCUUGCUUUUACAAAAAUAGGCAUUUAACACUGGCAUUGGGACUGUAUCACAUUUUUUCAGUCACUUUAAAAUGCUUAUUAGGUAGAGGCUCACACAGAUAUUAGAAUGCAAGCCGCAGAAUUGUUAAUUUCUUUAACAUGCCUUGUAGUACAAACUUUAUAUGGGGCAAGCAAUGUAUAAAGUUUUGACCAGUAAACAGGAGUGCAGAAAUGGUAACCUGGUCCAUAUUUUUAAGGAUUAGUACUAUAAGAGGGGGAAAAUGUAUAAAAUGCAUUUAAAACUUACACUAAUAUACUCGUGCUGUAUAAAAUAUUAGUCUGAUGCUGUGAAAGCAAUCUAGCGCUGUAUUUCUACCUCCUCAUUUGUCUUAAUUAUUUGGGAAGCAGAAUUAUAAUGAAAAAUAGAAGGGGCUUUUCUCAGGCAGCAAACAAUAAACUGGAGGGAAGAGUACGCAUAAAAGAAGCUUCUUAUCUGAUAAAUGUGGAGUUCUUCACUGCAAACAGGUAUUUUCAAAGACUAAAAAGAAUGGCACAAGUGAUGUAUCUUGCCCCUAGAUUUAAUGUUUACUAGUAAAAAGGCCUCUUUUAACUUCUUACAGACAUGAAACAGAAAAAGCGAGAGAGCGCUUUUUAGAUGUUACUUUAAAAAAAGUAAUUUUAUAAAUCAUUUUGAAGGUAAGACCUUUAUUCAAUUGGAUACAGUUUACAAAGAUAUAUGUGCCCUCUGAUCUAGGCUGUGUAUACAUUUUCUAGGAUAAUUAUAAUUUUUGCUGUUACCCUGACAUUCACCUGCCAUCACCACCAAAAUCAAGCACCGCCUUUUUUUUUUCCUUUGUGGCACCAAAUCAGAAGACAAAAGUGUAGUAAUUUGCACCAGAAAACUUCAAGCUGCUUUUUCUUGAGAACCUAAUGUUUAAUGUGUAGUGUCUUUUUGGAUACUGUACCAAAUUGUUGAUUGCAUGUGGUUAAUGUUGCAUUAGAGCACUUUGCAAUUGCAUAACUCAUCAAUGUUUUGUGAGCUUGCAUAUGUGAGUUCUUGAAUGACCAGACUGAAUUUAUCAAGUAUCCCAUUGAACAUCUUGCUAGAUGUCAAUGACUGCCAGUUACACAAAGCUUGUAGUGAAACUAUCUUAAAAAAAUUCUUGUCUCAUCACACUUACAUUAUCUGUUAUACACUUUGUAAUUAGCAUUUUUAAUUUAUUUGAGUUAUAGUAGAUCACUAAUGACUUCUAGUUGUGUUGGGUUUAGCAUUUUAAUGGUAUUAAGCACUUCUGUCAGUCUUAAAAUAAUAAUAAAAAAGGAACCUCUGUCUUGUGCUUUGAAGAUCUCUGAAGAAUUUCUCUUAUAUUAGAAUGGGCAUGUAUUGUAAUUGUUUAUACGUCCAAUGAUCUGUGCUGUAGAAUAAUGUUGCUGAGUUUUGUUUUUAAAACAGAAAUGGAUAAGAACUUGGCCCUCCAAGUGGUAAGAAUGAUCUGUCUUUAAAAUGUACUGUAUGUUUACAUUUUAUUUUAAAUUUGUCACUUUUAUGUAUAGGCUGAUACCUUCCCACAAAAUACAGUGACAUAUGUUUUCUAGAACCUUCUUAAAAGUGCCAUGUUUGGCAGUACAAAUGAGGUUUGAGUGUAAUAGCCCAGAGAUUUCUAUAUGGUUGAAUGUCUAAAAUGAUAAGAUUCGUCACUGGGGUUAAUCUGCAGUGGCUUAUGUUUUUCAUAGUAAAAUUCAAAUGAACUCCUAUUUUUGAUAGUAUUUGUCAUUUAAUAGUGUAUUUGUCACUUGAGCCUCAGUGCAGAUUACUGCAAUGAAGACAGUUUUUAAUGUAAUCUUAAUUUUACCUCAUAUACUGUACAUUCCAAAAAUCUCUAAACUUUUUAAAAAUAUUAUAGAUACACUACCAAACAUAUCACUUUAAAAUCUUCAUGCAGAUGAAAAAUGUAUAAUCUCCUAGAAAAUACAUAAACUAUGUAGCAUAAGUAUCUUUAAAAUCUGUGGAUAAUAAAACUAUCAUUCUUUUUCAA